UUUAGAAAGCGAAAUUCAAUUAAGAAAUCAUUGGAGUCGCCUAAUCAAUCAUAUUAUCAUAUCCUUCUUUAAGAAAUGUUAGAAAGUCCUAUCAAUCAGAUGGGUGCGGUGCGAUGAGGUGAGGGGGAAAUAUAAAGUGAAGGCUGGAAGUUGAGCAGUAAAGCCUUGUUCUUUUCUUCUUUUAGCUUGUGGGUAGGAGGAGGAAGGAAGGAAGGAAGAAGCUUGGAGUCGGGGGAGAAAUGAUGGAGGAGAGGCGGUGGAGAUGGGUUGAGCAGCUGAUUGUGCUGUUUCCAGUACUGAUAUUCUUCUGCAUUCUGGGCUGCACCUCUGCUGCCACAGAUCCAUCCGAUGCUUCUGCUCUACGUGUCAUGUACGGUUCCUUAAACUCACCAGGACAGCUGACUCAGUGGAGCUCAAAUGGUGAUGAUCCUUGUGGCCAGAAUUGGAAAGGCGUUACGUGCUCUGGCUCACGAGUCACGGAGAUCAAAUUGUCCGGUCUUGGACUCUCGGGGUCAAUGGGGUAUCAGCUUGACAGUUUAAAAGCACUGAAAAACCUAGACAUGAGCAGCAAUAAUCUCGCAGGCAGUCUACCUUAUCAACUACCACCAAACCUGGAAAGAUUGAAUCUCGCUAAUAACCAGUUCACUGGAGAAAUACCAUAUUCCAUUUCUCUGAUGACCUCUCUGAAGUACUUAAACCUUGCACAUAAUCAGCUUCAGAAUCAACUGGGAGACAUGUUUGGAAAGCUCCCUUCCUUGUCCACAUUGGAUAUAUCUUCCAACCAACUAACAGGGAAUCUGCCAGAGAGUUUUGGCUCCCUUCCAAGUAUGACAUCUAUGUACUUACAAAACAACCAAUUCACAGGCACCAUUGACGUCCUUGCUAGUCUUCCUCUUGAAACCCUGAAUGUUGCAAACAAUCGUUUCACCGGCUGGGUUCCACAACAGUUGAGCAGCACUAACAUCAUAAAGGACGGAAACAAUUGGAAUUCGGGAACUGCUCCUCCUCCACCACCUGGGACACCUCCAGUCCACAAACUCCCACGUCAUAAGUCUGGUGGCAGUGGUGGUGCAUCAAAUGGUGCAAGUGCUGAUGAUAGUGGCAGCAAAAAAUCAGGAAUAGGUGGUGGUGGUAUAGCUGGAAUAAUUAUAUCUAUCUUGGUCGUUGGUGCAAUAGUUGCCUUCUUCUUGGUGAGAAGAAGAUCCAAGAGGAGAUCAUCAGAUGUAGAAAAGCUUGAUAAUGAGCCAUUUGCUCCUCUUUCUGGCAAUGAAGUUGAAGAGAUGAAAUCCAUACAUAGUUCAUCCUCAAUCAACACUAAAACUUUUGAUAUCCCGCCAUCAAUGAGCCUGAAGCCCCCUCCUAUAGAUCGCACGAAGUCAUUUGAUGAGGAUGAAUCUGUCAAGAAGCAUGUUAUCAGGAAACGUGUUGCAGCUCCAGUUAGUGUGGCAACAUACUCAAUAGCGGACCUCCAAAUGGCAACUGGAAGCUUCAGUAUGGAACAUCUUCUUGGUGAGGGGUCUUUUGGGCGUGUUUAUAGAGCUCAUUUUGAUGAUGGAAAGGUACUUGCAGUGAAGAAAAUAGAUUCAGCUGCUCUAUCCAGUGAAAUGUCUGAAGAUUUUGUGGAGGUGGUUUCAAAGAUCUCGGACUUGCAUCACACCAAUGUCACUGAGUUAGUGGGCUAUUGUUCUGAGCAUGGACAGCAUCUGCUAGUCUAUGAAUUCCAUAGACAAGGAUCACUACAUGACUUGCUGCAUCUAUCAGAUGAAUACAGCAAGCCCUUGAUAUGGAAUUCACGCGUCAAGAUAGCACUUGGAACAGCACGUGGAUUAGAGUAUCUUCAUGAAGUAUGCUCUCCAUCUAUAAUUCACAAAAACAUAAAGUCUGCAAACAUACUAUUAGACACCGAGCUGAAUCCUCACCUUUCAGACUCUGGCUUGGCAAGCUUUCUGCCAAAUGGAGAUCAGAUGCAGGCAUUGAAUCAGAAUGCAGGGUCUGGGUAUAGUGCACCUGAGGUUGCUAUGUCUGGCCAAUACACUCUCAAAAGUGAUGUGUAUAGCUUCGGAGUCGUGAUGCUGGAACUCCUUACUGGGCGUAAACCAUUUGACAGUUCAAGGGCAAGAGCUGAGCAAUCUUUGGUCCGUUGGGCAACACCACAGCUGCACGACAUUGAUGCAUUGUCUAAAAUGGUUGAUCCAGCAUUAAAAGGACUUUACCCUGUUAAAUCUCUCUCCCGGUUUGCGGAUGUUAUCGCUCUCUGUGUUCAGCCUGAGCCUGAAUUCCGGCCACCUAUGUCUGAAGUGGUGCAAGCACUGGUUCGUUUAGUGCAGCGAGCUAACAUGAGCAAGCGAACGACGGGGAACGAACAGACAGCGGGCUCCCAAGCUGAAAACUCAUCAGAUGCACAGGAUUAUAUGACUUAGUUAGCUGCACAAUAUAUUCCUCUCUCCAGAUACUCAACCGGUCCUUGGUACAGUUGUUGGUCGGGUAGUGUAGUAUACUUUUUCUGGUUGUCAUUGCUUGGAAGUUUUGCUACUGCUGUCAUCUGGUUGUCAUUCUACUUUGAAGUAGCCCCGAUUUGUGAAUUACUGUAAUAUGUGUCAAUAUUGCACCUCUGUCAAAAUAGUUGCCUUGCCGGGCUUACAAGUUUGAGGGUAACAUAUUGCCUUCAUAGUUUCGUGAGUCAACGAUAGUGCUCAAUAAAAU